AUGGUCGAAACAGUCGAACAAGUUGACGAAAGCAACCAAGUCGGUCAACGAGUGAGGCAUCGUGGUCACCACAAGUAUGAAAUCAAGGCGACAGGGGACGCAGCCAAAAACUACGACUUCAUUGCAGCCCGGCCACCGGGGAAGAAGACUACUGUGUUGGAAUCAAUCGGACACUUGGUCAAGAGUUGCCUGGGCGGAGGUGUCGUGGCUAUCCACGAGUCGUACAAGCAAUGCGGCCUGUGGACGUCCGUGGUGCUGACAGUGGUGCUAGGGUGUUGUGUCAGCUACUGUAUGUAUAUAUUGGCGCGUUCGGCGCAGAAGAUUUACGGUAGGGUCCAGGUCCCGGCGAUGUCAUAUCCCGACUUAGCAGAGGCUUCCCUGGAGACCGGACCCUUUGCGUCCUUGAAGAAAUACAGUAAAUGUUUCAGGUAUGCCGUCGAUUUCACUAUAUGCGUCGACCUGUUCGGCUCGUGUUGUGUGUACCAGAUCAUGAUCGCUCGCACCAUCAAGCAACUGAUCGAGGGCACGGAUGAGAUAUCGAACGAAGGCAACCCCUCGCUGAGGCAGCUAGUCGCCAUGCUUCUGGUGCCUUGCGUGCUUCUGUGCAUGAUCACCACGCUGAAGUAUCUUGCGCCCUUCUCGUUGGCCGCUGAUGUUAUUAUAUUGCUCGUGGCGUCUUCUACUAUAUACUACGCAGUGAAGCAUCAAAAAAUAAGCCCUUUUGAUUUCCCCGUGUUCAAAACUAUACCCGGUCUUUUUGAGUUCAUGGGAGUGUGUGUGUUUAGUAUGGAGGGGGUGGGGGUCACUUUGGCUAUUGAGAACUCGAUGGAAGAUCCAAGGAAGAUAGCGCUCGUCUUAUGUGGAGGUAUGGCAGUAGUGGUUGGCAUAGUUAUGACUGUCGGCUUCUUCGGCUACUGGGGCUUCGGUGAGAGGUCCAAGUCUCCCGUCACACUGAACUUCCCUCUGGAGCCCUUCCCAAUAGCUCUAAAGGUUCUAAUGGCGGUGAUGGUGUACGUAACCUUCGCCCUGAACUUCUGGAUACCGUUCGACCUGGUGUGGUACUACAUAAAGCGGCGGUACGAGGAGUCCGGCUAUUGGAUUUGGCAGAGGGUUUGGCGGGCGUUGAUCGUGUUUAUCAUCACAGUCAUCGCAGUCAUCUUUCCCGCUGUCACCAAGUUUAUUGGAUUGAUUGGUUCCUUUUGCCUGUCAAGCAUGGGGUUCAUGUUCCCAGCGUUCAUAGAGCUAUGCCUGGACUGGGAGGACCCCGGGCUCGGUCUGUGCAAAUGGAGGCUCUGGAAAUGUAUCAUCAUCUGCAUAUUUGGUGCAAUUUUAUGCGUCGUCGGCACUUAUAUUAAUGCUAAGGAACUUAUAAAGGAAGUGUUUUAAGAAUCAUGACAGCUUAACUAACACAUUAUGAAUAGAUAUUUUUUUUUAUUUUCUGCAAAAAGUAAAGAAUCCAAGCGUCUAUGUCACCUAGAUCCGACUGAAAAUCCUCAACGUGCGUGUAAAAUCGGAGAUUUCUGCAAUUUUCAAUUCUGUUUGCUCUUUUCAAAGCUAUAAAAGGUUUAGUCUGAAGGGACACUUCGUCCCUUUCGACUUAACCUUUCAUAGCUUUGAAAAAGCAAAUAAUUGGGGAGGAUUGAAUCGAAUCGUCGAAUUUAAGUGACGUUGUCUCUUGGAUUCCUCGUUUUUUCGUGGGGAAUAACAAAAUAAAGUUAAUUAUACCUGAACUAUAAUUAUUUUCCUUAACAUCUGUAUAAUAAUUCUUUCUUAUAUUAACUUGUUUCGGAACUACUUUUAAGAUAUUUUUUGUCUAAGCACUAUGUUUGGAGGAUUGAAUAUGGCAUGAACUAAACCAUUGAUAUGGUGUGUAGAGAACAGUGAAGUGUAGGAAUUUUCCCGUGCUAAAAAUUUUGUUGAUAACUCUUAUUUAUAUAUCUACCGG